AUGGCGCCGUCGUCUAAGCUGUCGCAGGGCAUCAAGAAGGCCUCGCGGUCCCACGCGUACCACCGACGCGGUCUGUGGGCGAUCAAGGCUAAGCACGGCGGCGCCUUCCCCAAGGCCGAGAAGCCCGCCGCGGUCGCCGAGCCCAAGUAUUACCCCGCCGAUGACGUGAAGCCGCGCAAGGCCAGCACCCGCAAGCCGAAGCCCACCAAGCUUAGGUCGUCAAUCUCUCCGGGCACCGUGCUGAUUGUGCUCGCCGGGAGGUUCAUGGGGAAGAGAGUUGUUUUCCUCAAGCAGCUCAAAUCUGGCCUGCUCCUUGUUACUGGACCUUUCAAGAUCAAUGGAGUCCCAAUCCGCCGUGUGAAUCAGACCUAUGUCAUUGCAACCUCCACGAAGGUUGAUAUCUCUGGUGUUAACGUAGAGAAGUUUGAUGACAAGUACUUUGCAAGGGAGAAGAAGAAGAAGGCAACCAAGACCGAGGGUGAACUUUUUGAUACAGAGAAGGAGGCAACCAAGGACCUGCCGCAGUUCAAGAAGGAUGAUCAGAAGGCGGUGGACGCCGAGCUGAUCAAAGCUAUUGACGCUGUGCCGGAUCUGAAAACCUACCUCGGUGCGCGGUUCUCUCUCAGGGACGGCGACAAGCCCCAUGAGAUGGUUUUCUAG